AUGAACUCAAUUAUCAAAAAGUUUUAAGACAGAGGCAUAAAAUCUGGACAUUAUGUCAACCCUUCUAAACAAAAUGAAACUAUAGCGUAAAAAAAUCAAACUCAAGCUUCUGAUGCAUUUAGUAAACAGAAAUCAAUGACUAAUGCUGGUUCAGGGGUUCUCACCAAGCAAUAAAUUCCAAAUACAGCUGGUCUAAAAGCUCAUUAAAAUCCCAUAAUGUAGAAGUAAUAAGUAGGUAUUCCGAACAUAUCGAGAAAAGCAGUAACAUCAGUCGAUUCCAGACAACCUUCUAAAAAAUAAAAUCAGUCAAUGAUACCAGCAUCCAAAGCUGUAGGGAAGAAAAAGUUCAACCUUGAUGCUAUGAUGUACAAUCCCACUGAUGAUUUGAAAAUAGAUAAUGCCGCGACGAUUUUUAUUGAGCGGGAAAAGUAACAUAAAGUUGAAAAGUCAUAUGAGGAGCCUUCAACUGCAAUUAAUGAACCAGAGUAAAAUAUUGAAAAUUCCAUCAUGCAAACAUUCAGCAGACUCAAUCAAAGGAUCGCCUCAGCUUAAGCCAAAAUGGCAAAGAACCUUCCAAAUAAAAGUAAAGAAAACGCAAAUAAUAACUCUGAAAAUGUGAGCACUUUCAAUGAUUAAACUUUGAAAGUUCCAGGGUAUCAAAGUUUUCACAAUGCAGAUUAGCUUAUCAAUACUGCUGAUCACUCAGACAUUAAGAAUACUUAGAAAACCCUCUUUAAUUCUAAUUUUGGCAACUCUGAUAGCACCAAUCUGAUGAGUAGCGCUUAGUAAAGUGCUUAGACUAGACCUAGCAUCAGCAAUUAAAUGACUACCCCCUCUGAUAAUUAUCAAACCUCCCAAUUUACUCUCAAUAUUUUAGGGGAAAGUGGGAAAGCUUCUGCUAAGAAUAACUAAGAAACUCCUAAACAGUUUAAUUAAAACCCCUCAAAAUUGACGAAAAUUCAGGAAACUGAUGAAGAAGGCAACAGAAUGAGUAUCCUUCCUUCAAAGAAGCGACCUAGCAUCGUUCCAAGCACUGGUAAGAAAGCUCCAAGUGUCAAGAAAGCAAAAGUAAAGUCAACGAAACAAACUGAUAAACAAGCAAAUAUUGAGGGAAAUGAAGAGAAGAAAAGCAAUACCAUAAUGGAUAAGAUGAAAACUCAAGUAGACAAGUUGAAGGAAUCAAAACCUAUCUCUAAGAACCCUUCAAACACCCAGCAGAGAACUAACUUCGUGAAGAUGAAUAUGAAUAAUUAUAAACCUAGAAUGAGAGGUGGAGCAUUCUAAAAUAAGAUGAUGGCUAAGAAGAAAAAUUACUUGAAGUUUAAUGAAAGAAUGAAGAAAAAGCUAAUGAUUGAAAAUGCUAAACAUCGUGACUAAGUAAAUGCCUAUGGUGGAUUAGGAAAGGUAGGACUUGAUCAUCAGGGUGGAACUAAAGAAAUGGUUGAUGCUGAGGGAAAUGCAAUUGAGGAUUUGGUGCCAGGAUUCAGCACUUCUGCUUUGAAAUAUGUGAGAAAACUUAAGUAAUUAAGUGAAAUCGAUAUAAAUGAAGAUGAUGAAAAUUUGCUGAUUGAUGACUUGGAAUAAAUGAAAGCUGAUCUCGAAAAGAUCGAUGAAGAUAUCAAAGAGGAUAUAGUAGAAGUUUCCUCAGACUUCGAUAAACCACUCUAUAAAAUUCCAUCAUCUGAUGAAGAGUACCAGAAAAUAUUGAAAGAAAGAUUUGGACAUGAAACUUUCAAGGCAGGUCAGCUUGAAGCGAUCAAAAUCUUAUUGGAGAAAAAGCAAAAUGCUUUGGUUGUAUUAGCUACUGGAGGAGGUAAAUCAUUAGUCUAUCAAUACGUAUCAAUGUUCCUGCAAGGACUUGUACUUAUAGUUACUCCUCUAAUUUCUUUGAUGACUGAUCAACUUGGAAAAUUGCCAGAUUUCUUGCCAGGAGCAUCAUUGAACUCUUAGUAAAAUUACCAACUCAAAAAAGAAGUAAUUAAAGCAAUUUAGGACAAGCACAUCAAGAUUUUAUUCAUUUCUCCAGAGAAGUUUUUCAUUGAAGAUUUCAGCAAGUACAAUCGUAAAAUUGCAAUGGUUUGUGUAGAUGAGAUCCAUUGUGCUUCAGAAUGGUCUCAUAAUUUCAGACCAGCUUACCUAAAGUUGCAUGAUAUGAUUAAGGAAAAGGUGAGCAAUCAGCAAGACAAUUGUGUUGUAAUGGGACUUACAGCAACAGCAACCAAAGCAACCUAGAGAUCGGUAUGCAAGAUUUUCGAUGUUAAGUAUCCAGAUCAUAUCGUAACUGAGGCUAAUCUGUCAAGAAUGAAUCUAAGUCUCAGUAUCACAAGAGAUUAAGAUAAGUUAAAGUCACUUUUAGCUUUACUUGCUUCUAAUAGUUUCAAGAAACUUACAUCUAUACUAAUAUUUGCCACUCACAAGGGUACUUGUGAAAGACUAGCUAGUCAUCUCAAUAUCCGAGUGCUCGUUUGCACAAUUGCCUUCUCUAUGGGUAUAGAUAAGUCUGACAUUCAAUCAGUCAUUCAUUACGAUAUGCCUAAGUCUAUUGAGAACUAUGUUUAAGAGAUUGGACGUGCUGGCAGAGAUGGUAAACUUGCAAGAUGCCAUUUAUUCCUUUGCAAUGAAGAUUUCUACUUGAUAAGAAGACUAAUUCUCACAGAUAUUCUUGACAACCAAAAUGCAUUGAAAUUAACCAACAAGAUAGUAGUUGAGUUUAAGAAAACACUUUUAAAGAUUAUAAACCCGACAUUAGCUAAGUCCAAAAAGAGAAAGCUUAAGUCAAUUAGUGGCGCUGAGGAAAAGCAUGACUAAUUAAUUGAAGAAUUUGAACAUGAAGAAGAAAUCAAGAAUUAUUAUGAAGGCUCUGAAAAUGAUGCAAAGAAGAUAUAUCCAAGUUCUAUAAAAUAAAUUGAGAAUCCUGAUAGAGUUUAUUUAUUCUUAGACAUUAAGGAUACCCUAGAAAUGCUAGACUUAAAGAAAGAGGUAGUGUUGACAAUGCUAAAUUCUCUUGAAAAGCUAACAGACGAAAAGAAAUUCUUUAGACUAGAGGGAAUCUUACCUGAAAAGAUAGGCCUUAGAUUCCAUAAUAAAAGACCUGAAUAAAUGGCAAAAGAUAAUUCUUUCAUCAGAAAGUUUAUGGAAAUAGCUAAGGAGCAUUAAGGAGUCUACAAUGUAAGCACUUAGAGAUUAGCAUAUGAGCUGAAUAUGAAUCCAUUCCAAAUACCAAAAAUCCUCUUCUCAUUACAAAAUACUGAACAUGGAGAUAUAUCCUACGAUACAGACUAAGAUAGCUUUGUUCUAAGACUUCAACAUAUUCCAAGUGGUGGAUCUACUUUUGAUCUAUCUUAGGAUAUGCUAACUGAGACGAGAAGAAUUGAAAGAAACAUGAUUUAAAAACUGAAUUGCAUGUAUUUCGUUGCAAGAAAAGUGAGUCUACCUUCUGUAGAGUAUAUGCUUAAAAAAGAGAAGCAAGAAGAUUCCAUGGAUAUGUACAAAGCUUAUUCACAAUAACUGAAUGAUCUCAUCAACUUGUACUUCGGCAUUGAGUAGGAAGAAAACAUGGAAAUAUAGAUUGCUGGAAGUGAGCAAGAGAGGAAUCUAAUGAUGCCUUUAUUAUACAUAGAUUCACAUCGCGAUAAAGCUAAUGUUGAGGUAAUUACAUAUUCAAGAAUAUAACAAUUUUAGAGCGAAAUAAAGCAAGUAUUGAAAGAAUUCUAUGACUAAAACCCAGGCUAAAUAGAUGGCAAUGACAGACUAAAACCACUUGAUAUUGUCAAGAUAUUAAUGGGUAUAUAUAGCGAUAGAUCAAAUGUAAAGAGGUUCGCUAACAAUAGCAGAGUCUGGGCCAAAUUAUAAGAAUACGACUAUGAGGAUGUUUUCAAGGUUGCUAUAGCAACUGUUAACUAAUAUUAUCUCGAUGUGCUUAGCGGUAACGGUAGUAGUAAAAUAGAUAUGAUGCCCAAGGACAUCAUAGAAGGUGAGGCUUCUAAGAAGAGAAAAUUAAACUGA